GUGUGGAAACAGCUUCAUUGUGCCUGUGGGUUGCAGAGGGCCCCAAGCUGCUUCUGCCUGCGUAGGAUGCAGAAGAUGGAUGAUUGUCUCAAAAAUAUUCCAGCAGAGCUAUAUGAUACCAUAACGAACUUGCUUGUAACAGAGGAAUUCAUCUUGCUGAAUGCUUACUUCCAGGCCAAAUCUAAAACUGAAGAUAUUAUCCUGAUAUUGAUGCCUUGGAGAGCAUUGGUGGUUCCAAAAAAGCUCCCAUUCAAGGUACAGGAGAGCUUCAGCUUCCUAGCAGUGCAUUUGAUCAAAGUGGGAAAAGCAAACCAGAUUGUCAUAGAAACAGAUGAGUCUUCUUUUCAAUUUGAGUUCUCAUCAUUGGAUGAAUUGGAGCAUAUGGUAAUCCACGUGGUCACGUCACUUAAAAGGCUCUUCCCAGAUUCUUCCCCUGGAAAUCUACUCCAGCAUGCCUCUCUUAGCUUGCUUGCGAAAAUUCAAAGAGCAACGGAUUCCUUGGAGGAGCUACUGAAGGAAAAGCAAGGCCCAUGCGGUGGAUUUUCAGAGACAUAUGCUGCUCUCUGCGAUUACACCAGCCUCCCUAUACAGGAGGAGAUUCAAUGGGAUGUUGAUAAUAUUUAUCAUGGUCAAGAAAGCAGAGAAUUCAACUUACAGGAUUUCAGCCAUCUGCAAAGCCAGGACUUAGCUCUUAGUGUAGCUGCUUUGUCCUGUAACCGGUGGUUCACAAAGCUAUGUUGCAAGGAUUUCAAACUGAAUCCAGACAUUGUGAAACAGAUCCUUCAUGUGCUUGGCAAGUCAGUGAUUUUGGAAGAACUGACAUUAGAAAAUUGCAGCUUGAAGUUUGAUUUUGCUCAAGAAAUGGUCCAGGUACUGAGAAACCAUCCACACUCUGCCUUAAAUUCCAUUAAUCUCUCAAGAAAUCUUCUAGAAGACCGAGGGAUAAUUGCCUUGAGCCAGAUCUUUGAGCAGUUCAUCAAGAGUCCCCAAAGCUUGAACUUUGCCAAAACCUACAUGACUCCAAAAGGAAUAAAUGCCCUUUGCCUCUCUCUGGUUUCCAGUGGACUAUUCAGAACAUCACUGUGUCACCUGGACCUUUCUGGGAACCCAGGGAGUCUAGUCAGUGAAGGUACAGGAGGUUUGUCUUGUCUCCUGAAACAGCCAAAUGCUUUGAGUUACCUCGAUCUUUCUGGAACAGACUGUGCUUUAGAUGUGAUAUUUGAUGCUCUAGCUAGUGGAUGUUGUGAGAAUCUUAUCCAUCUAAAACUUUCCAAGAACAUUUACACUUACAAGAGGAAGAAAAAUGUUCCAUCUGCAAUCAGUGACUUCUUCAGCAACGCGUCUGUCCUCCAACAUGUUUCAUUAGCUGGAACUAAACUACCACCAGAGGCCUUGAGAGCUGUGCUACAGGGCUUGGCAUACAACAUACAUUUGAACGGACUGCAUCUGGACCUCAGUAGCUGUGAGCUGGGAUCAGCAGGUGCCCAGGUCAUCCAGGAUCUAGUGUCAGAUGCCAACAUCUGUGAUUUGAAUUUGUCGGACAAUGGUUUUGAUUGUGACAUUGUGACACUGGUGCUGGCCAUCAGCAGAAGUAGAUCUAUCAAGCACGUUGGCCUAGGGAAGAAUUUCAAUAUCCGGUCCAGGGCAACCCUGGUGGAUACUCUACACCGAAUUGUUCAGCUGACUCAGGAUGAGGACUGUUUUAUUCAGUCCAUAUCAGUGGCAGACUCACACCUGAAAAUGGGAACCAGCAUUAUUCUAGAUGGCUUGAGAAGCAGCCGAAGUUCUCUUGCGGUACUUGAUAUCAGUGGCAAUGGUAUGGGAGAUACGGGUGCCAAGUUACUAGCAAAAGCUUUGUCGGUGAAUACAACACUCAGAACUCUAAUUUGGGACAGGAACAAUACAAUGUUGUGUGGAUUCCUUCAUUUCACUCACGCUUUGGAAAGGAAUUUUACACUAAAGAUUAUGCCCUUACCUAUGGUUGAUGUUACUCAAGUUUACCGGAGCAAUCCAGAGAAAAUGAAUGAAAUUGUGCACAAGAUACAGUCUUACCUUGCAAGGAAUCAAAUGAAAGAGGCCCUGGUCCCUAAAGAAAGACAGAAGAGCAAAACAUAUAAUGGAAAUCAGGAAAAGACAAUGGAUGCAUACCAUUACAUGAAGACACACAUUGAAAUGCUAAGCUCUGUGCAAGAUGUGGAAGUUAAAGCAGACAUCCAGCAGGCAGAAGAAGUCAUAGAAGAUUCAAACCUUUCCACUGAUUACAAACUGGCAGUGCAAUGGGAACCCAGCUGCUCCAUGGACCCUAUACCAACACUGGCUGAAAACAGUCUGUCGGCGCUCGCGGUCAAGGCAGAGGCAGAAGAGAAGCAAGCCGAGGCUCCCCGAGCUGAGCUGUCACUCCGCGGCCGGGCCUCCGCGAAGUCACGCCCUGCCGCCACAAAGGAUGCUGAGGCGGGGAGGGGGCGGCUUCUCUCCGCGGCGCCUCCAUCCGCACCAUCCCUUAUGGACCUGCCGACUGCAGGAGAGAAGCUGGAGCAUUACUCCCGAGACAGGCCCAGGCCCAACCGCAGGAACCGGCAGCCUCCCAGCAAGCCUCGUGUGCAAGUGUUCCUACGUGAGAAUGAUGAAGACAGAAGCAUUGCCAGACUGGACGAAGGGCUAGAUGAGUUCUUUACCAAGAAGGUGAUUCAUGAACUUUUACCCCCUGUUUCAUUGGAAACCUCCCUGGCAGCAGCAACAUCAACAUCUUCUGGCUCUCGAACCUUCAAAAAGAAAAUAGGACAUUUCUUUGCUUUCAAGAAGCCAAAAUCAAGCUGGGGUAUCAGGCCAGAGAAGGAGCCUGAGAGUAACCCAGUGGCAGCAAGGAGCAGGAAAUCAAUGCUCAGUGACAUUUUAAGGACUCAAAGCAAAGCCAAUCAAUCAAUUAAAGUGCUAAGCAAGUCUGAUGAAGAUGGGUUGGCUGUGGAAAGCAGGGGCUACCUGGAGCAAAGCCAGACACCAGACAGUGGUCGUAGGGUUAAGCCAAAGUACUCCAGGGAGGGAAAAUCUCAGUCUUUGAUACUACUGUCAGGCGAAGAUGAAGAAGGGCUUGGUGUGCAACAUGAAAAGAAGAGGCCCUUUGAGAAGAGUGAUGUUGAACUGCCCAGUUCCUUCGAACAGCGUGUCCAUGUCAUGCUGCAUCGGAUCGGUGUAACCAAGGUGUUAACUUCAGAAGGCAAAAAGAAACAGAGCAAAGACGGGGAGAUCAAGAAAGCAGGUUCUGAUGGAGACAUUGUGGACAGUUCAGCAGAGGCUCCUUGUUCCUUGAAAUCACGUACACACUCGAUGUCCACAGGUAAUCCUUCUGUGCGAAUCAAUCCCACGGAUAUUGCUGGCAGAACAGAUGCAGAACCAAGUGGAAGAUCGAGUGAGGGGAGGCUUUCCUGGAAAGCUCUUGGGAGGCAACUGAAUGUAGAGCUGAAGGGCAAGUGUUCAGAGCUCAGCUAUUCUCCAAGAAGAGCUUUUGCUGCUCAGGAGACAGCCAGCCAUACAGAGCAGAAAGAAAGAGAAAGCUGGAGCAGCAGUUUGCCCAGAACUGGGAGAAGCACACCACUUCUGAGGAGGACCAGCAUUGCUGGAGAGGGACAGUCAUGUGCUGGACAACAGAACUUGCAUGGUGAUGUAAACACAAUUGCUGAAGACAAUCAACUCAAAGCCAAACCUCAUCUGAAGCCUGUGGCAAACCGAAGGGCCAUGUCUGUUCAUGAAGAACAGCUCAGGGACCAGGCCUGUGUGGCAGAGCUGCAGCAUGCAAAGAUCCCUCAUUGUCUGCAGCCAUCUCCUAUCCUGAAAUGGAAGAGUAAGCCCAAGUUCCCACUGGAGCCUGAAGCAUCUGCAUCAUCUGACAGAUUAGGCACUCCAUCCCAAGGGAGGAACAUGGAAGUUCCCGAGUCAAAGCUAAGACCAGAAAUGGGAGAAAAAUCAUAACAUACUUUGGAACAAACUCUAGAGAAAACACAACAUACAGCUCUAGACCAAAGAACUGCUGUGUUGCUCUCCAAGUUAUCACCAAGACACAACCACUGAAUCAGUAGUUGGUGCUUCGGCAUGAUGGCAGCUCAAACAAGGUGUAGAAUGAAAGCUUCUUAUUUAAAACAGCAAGGCCUAGCUGUCAAGUAAAACAAAAUUCAGCAGAUGGCCAAACACACGCCAGGCCCCCAGCAUAGCUCCUUGUUUGGUGAAAAUGGUAUGUCCUGUACAGAAUGGUAACAUUUAAAGUCCUGAACAUAUUCUGGGUUGUCCCCCUUUCACUCUUGUAGACUCAUAUGUGAGAGUCCAGUGUACUAAUAGUUCAGGUGAGAAAAGCUAGAUGCUGGCUAUACAAGGAAACCAACCACUGCUAGCUAUAGUUGUGCAGUGGGGAGUUGAGGCGGAUAUGAAAAUAUUAAUGCCAGAAACUGAAAUAUGCCAGCAUAAGGUGGGGCAUUUUACAUACAAUAAACUUGCUGGCCUUGCUUUGUACUUUUGAGGAAUGCAGGGCUGUGAAUCACAAGACCUUUUGGAAGUCACAGAUUCAUAGGAUUGCAGUAAGUGUUGAAAAAAGCAAAACACAAUAAUGCAGCUAAGAAACAAAGUCAAGGUCUGUCUCACAUUGACAAUCUUACUCCUGUAGGAAAGGAGUAUGUGUUGGCAGCUUUUAGCAAGCUAAAACAAAUAUUGAAGAUUCAGCCCCUCCAUUCCACAAUUAAAUGAGAAUAAUUCAAAUUAGUAGAACUCUUCCUGUCUCAUUUAUUGUGGUAUUAGGACUGUUCUCUUUCCUUCCUUAUUAUCUAUAACAUCCAGCAGUGCCUUGCUGUUAACAAGGUGAAUGGGAGAAAACAAAACAAUACUAAUGUAAUUUGGAAAGGUGUAAAGUGUAGGCGUCAUGCUAAGCUUGGGAAUUUUCAAUGCCACUUUGAAGGAACAGUUUACCCUAAUCUACGGUAUUUGUUUCAAGGAGGCAGUAAGUGAUCAAUCAAUUUCGCAAUACAGGUCACUUAAAAUAUUAAAAUUUUCUACAUGCAAAGCACUUGUGUGUACAAAUGUGAACCCACAUUUCAAAGGCAGAAAAUCUGCAACUGACAAAUGCCACUAAAUGUAGUUUUGCUGUGUGUGCCCACUACAAAUAUGCAGUCAUCAUACAAGAUGACUGCUUCCUACACCCAAGUGCUUUGGACGUAACGAAUAAUAAAAGUGGUCUCAAUAAGCUGGAGUUACUUCAGGGAACCAGGAGCAUUGCAGAAUGCUGUGGUGUUCAUGG